UUGCUGUCCCUUAUCAUCUUUGUUUCAUUACCUUUUACAUUUUCAUCCAAAGAUGGCAUGUCUAGGUAGAUCUGUAUGAACAAUCAAUAUAUUUUGUACUCCCUCCGAUCUUUUUAGUUUGCGUUUAAUUUUUUCCCGUUUUUCUUGCAAUGCUCUGCGCGUAAGGCUUUUUCAUCGCUUCUUUCCAACUUUGCCCCUCCACUUCUUCGGCUGCCGUGCUUCGUCUUCCUACCACAUCUCCUCAUCUCUCUACGGGUCCCAUUUGUUGUGAGGGAGAGAGAAAACCUAUGGGGCCUUAUGCUUGUGAACAGAACAACCGCGGUGAAGAUGGAACAAGAGCUCCUCCUCAUGUACAGAGGCCUGCUUGUCGCCGGUGGUGACCUUGCUACGGUCAUCAUAAUUGCCACCGAUGGCCUCCUCACAGAGGACGACGAACUCGCGGACCAUGGUGUCCUCACGGAUGAUGACAUACUUGCGGCUGGUGGUGUCCUCUCGGCGGUCGGCGUGCAUGCCGAGGAUGACAUGCUCGCGGCAUGUGGCAUCCUCACAGCGGACAGCGUGCAUGCUAAGGACGGCGAGCUUGUUGACCACGACGUGCUCGCUUUCGAUGGCGUCCUCUUGGCGGUCGGCGUGUACGCCGAGGACACGAGCUUGCGGACCACGACGUGCUCGCGUUCGGUGGCAUCCUCUUGGCGGUCGGCAUGCACGCCGAGGACGACAUGCUUGCGGCCGGUGGCAUCCUCACAACGGACGAUGCGCAUGCGGACGAUGCGCACGCAGAGCACAACAUCCUUGUGGACCACAUCGUCCUCGCAGAUGAUAGCGUGCUCGCGGCCGGUGGUGUCCUCUUGGCGGUCUGCACGCACGUCGAGGACAUCAAGCUAGUGGAGGAUGGCGUGCUCGUGGCAGCCAGCCAAGCGGAGAAAGGCAACGGCGUUGUCCAGGAAAGGCAACGGCGUUGUCCAGGUGUACGCGAGGUAUGGCGCUCGUGUUGGACAUCCAUGCACUCGCGGAGGACGGUGAUCCAUGCAUGCUCGUGGCGAGCAAGAGAAGUGUGGCGAGACUGAGCAUAAGUGUGCAUGUUGUCUGUUCAUGGGGCUUGAUUUAUAAAGUGGGUUUGUCAGUUUCGGAGGGAAUUCCAAAUCUGUGGCGAUAAGUUCACUUUCCGCGGCCAAUUUUUGAAGCUACUCCAUGGUGUCCUGUUUCGUUUAGGAUUAGGAGGGAGGUGAAAUUUUGCUAGCAUGAACAGAAGCUCGCGUGCAGCGCCGCUGGAGAAAAAGGGACGCCGGCAUGCAACGUUGGGAACGAGGCGAGGGAGGAGAGCCAAUCAGGUUGCAUACAAAUUUAUUACCAUCGGCUGAUUCCAUCGAUGCUGCGCAGGGCCACCGGGGCAAUCUCGUCCAGGAAACAGCCAGCGACCCAUGCCUUGGUAUGCGUGUUUGCUCUUAGACCCAGAGAAAAAAGGUCCGGAGGGAGUAUCUCAGAUAAUUUCACCACCUUCUGUGGUUUGUCUGUUGUGCUGGUCAUCCACAUCACACGAUGAACAUCCAUCGGGCCUCCUCGCUCUGUGACUCUUCCCCAUAUAGAUCAGCAGAAUCAUUCUUUAAAAUAAUUUAACCCCCAGCCCGGUUAGUCUCUGAUCUCUGCUAUGCAGAAUGAACAAUAAUCAUCAGCGAUCACCCCCACAGCUGCUGGAUGCUUGGUGCUAAUGAGUAAUACUGGACAACAUGAAUAGUAGCAAUGGCGGGACAGGAGAGAGGUGGUAAGCUUCAAACUGCUGGAUCUUGUUAUCUCUCCCAUGGACACUGCUCGCUGGCUUGCUCUCCUUGAGUAGAUCAGCGUUGUUCACAUCUCUUCUUUGAAACUGGUGGCCUUGGUCAUGUUUUGCUGGCAGAUGCUGUCUCUGUGCCAAUAGCGUAUCCUCCUCUAACUUAACUCUCUAUCCCCUUGCCCUGCCUCUUCUCCAUCUUGUUAUUGGGAGAGUUGAUUACUCAUGGCCGCUCAACAAGAAGCCAUGAACUCAUGCUACUGCUCGGUGCUUCAUUCUUUGUUCACUGUCAUCCUUCUCUUUGCCAUCUUCCCUGUCAGCUACUAGAUUUGGGUGAGCAGCCUUUGAGCCGUUGACAUGGAGUGCCAUCAGUGGCAGCAGGCAGCAACCAGAUUUUGGUGGGUGGUUUCACAUGGUGGCACUUGGAAGCAAUACAUGUUGACAGUAGGCCUUGGAACUUGGGAGCGGUGAGCUGUGGCUGUGAGCUAGGAACCUAAGGCCAAGGAGGUAGAUCAUAGCAAGCCGAAGAAAAAUGGCAUUGGUCUAAGCUUUAGAUAAUAGUUAUAGUUUCUUUCUUCUCUUCUCAUUUGAUUUCCUCUUUUAUCAGCAUAUAAUAUCCAUGUCAUAUGGAGAUGAUAUCAACUACUGAUGCGCCUAACCAACACUAGAAGUCAAAUUCUAUUCUAUAUCUAUAUCUAUACCUCUAUACCUACUAAUAAAGCAUCUAUUGCUUCUGUGGUACGUCAUUAAAUUUGCCCCUAAAGUUCGCCAAAAUUACCCACCAAUGCCACCCGUAAGUGACAAAAACGAUUCUUUUUUGAACUUCGAUUUGGCUCUUUCUUUCUAAUUCUAAAGGAUGCGGUUCUGUAUUUUAUCACAAGCACAAGCCUACCCCAACCGGUUGGGUGUGCGUUGUCCCACCCUGGAGACCCAGGUUUGAUCUCGAUCGCGGCUUGAAACCCUUUUUGUUCUUCUAUUACGCACUUUUCUACUUUUUUUUUCCUCUUUUGCCUUUAUUUCGAUAAACUUUGCACAAAUGUUAAUCAUGGAUUAAAGAAAUGUCAAAUUUGUAGGCAAAAAAGUUCCCAUAUAUACAAAAAAAUGUACAGUGCGUAUGGACAAUAAAUAAUAUAUUUUUC